UGGGGGCGUAUAUGAAAAUAUAUAGACUAUUAUUUUUCUCAUUAUAUGGCCUUCUCGCACGCCCUAUGCAAAUUACUAAAAUGUCCUUCAGAUUUUAUAAUCUGGAACAUAUAUGCAUAUUCCGAAAUAUAUAUUAUGGACAACUGCGAAGUAUAAAAGGGACUUCACCCCCCAGUUUUACAUUUUCACAUUCACCAUUCACUCUCUCUCUCUACAUUAUCCCAAAAUCCGAACACCGCAAAUCUUGUCCAAAUUUGGAGUUUUGUUGCUCAAAAGCACCGCAUUUCAACCCUUGUCAACCAGCAUGGAAGAAGGUUCAACAUCUAAUACUCGGCGCGUAAGGGAGGCAGAGCAUGCUUCCCGUAGGAGAGCGUGUAGCCAACGGCAUGAAGGUGGUGUUCCUUCGAGGCGUCUGGGUGCUAGAGGACGUCAUGCUGAUGUAGAGCCUGGUGUCGAGCAUCAGCCAGAGUGGCAAGAGUAUAUGGACUUGCAGCAAGAGCAGCCUGAUGUGGGCUUGCAGCACAUGGAGGAUCAGGAACUUGAGGAGGAGUUGCAUGCUAUGGACGAGGAAAUGGAAGAUGUCGAGCCACGACAAAGGCGAAAGAAGAAGGAGAAGGUGGUGGACCCUGAGCCACUAAAUGACUAUCCUGGUGGCCCACACGAGACUGGCCUGCUCUGGAUGGCUGAGAUUCAGAGGCCGCAUGGUGAGAUAUCUGCCGGAGAGGGUGCUUCGUCAGUUUGGGUGGGUUCAGACCAUACCGGGACAUCCCGUUGAGGGUGCAGUUGUUGAUGUUAAUUUGGCGGAGAUCACAAACCGCUUUCUCCGUGCACUUGAUUAUGCGUUGACACCUAAGCAGUUGGUAGAGCCUGCAGUUCAUGGUGUGGAGGCAGAAGAUGGAUAUACCGAUUGGUUUUAUCGACAUUCCCAUCCACACAUGAUUCUUCCAAACAUGUCGGUACCGGUGCCGAGGUCAUUGGAGCGUGAGAUCCUUGAUGCGCGAGCUGCUCAGAAGGAUGGAGACCUUGCCUACUUACAGCUUAGCGGAAGGAUGAGCCGCAUUAGAGACCACAUCUAUGUUGUGAUGAGAAGUGGUCUGGUGCCGAAAAGGACUGAGGAAUGGUAACAUUUGGAGGACGCGUUGAAAGAGGUGAAUGACGGGAAAGUUUACCGUCGUCGGGGAGCUACUGAUGGUGGCAGGGGUGGUGGCAGAGGUGCUAGGGUGUAGUUAUUAGGG